GAUUUGGGUUUGGGAGUAAAAAAUCCUGAAUUGGGAUAAAACGCAAAUUAAUUCCUAAAUCAAAAUGUCUGGGAAAGAUAGAUUAGCGAUUUUCCCUUCUCGGGGUGCCCAGAUGUUAAUUAAGGGUCGCCUGGCUGGUGCAGUGAAAGGCCAUGGUCUCCUCAAGAAGAAGGCUGAUGCCCUUCAAGUGAGGUUCCGUAUGAUCUUGAGCAAAAUCAUUGAGACUAAAACCCUUAUGGGUGAAGUGAUGAAAGAAGCUGCUUUCUCUUUGGCUGAAGCUAAGUUCACAACUGGAGACUUCAACCAAGUUGUCCUACAAAAUGUUACCAAGGCUCAAAUCAAGAUUAGGUCCAAGAAGGACAAUGUUGCUGGUGUCACCCUCCCAAUCUUUGAGUCAUACCAGGAUGGUUCUGAUACCUACGAGUUGGCUGGUUUGGCCCGUGGUGGGCAGCAGCUUGCAAAGCUGAAGAAGAACUUCCAGAGCGCUGUAAAGCUUUUGGUCGAGUUAGCUUCACUGCAGACUUCAUUUGUCACUCUCGACGAGGUUAUUAAGAUCACGAAUAGACGUGUCAACGCCAUUGAGCACGUAAUCAUUCCCCGGCUGGAACGUACACUCGCGUACAUCAUCUCCGAGCUGGACGAGCUUGAGCGUGAGGAGUUCUACCGUCUCAAGAAGAUCCAGGACAAGAAGAAGAUUAUCAAGGACAAGGCAGAAGCGAAAAAAGCCGCUCUCCUGGCUGCCGGCAACGACUUGCGCGGUGGGGUCACCAACUUGCUGGACGAGGGCGAUGAGGACUUGCUGUUCUAAGUCCAGACGUAGCACUCCAUACAUAGCCUGUUUGUAGACCGCAGCGGAGCGUCGAAGAAAUAAAAAAAUAAAAGAAAAAAACGGUGCGCGUGCAACUUUGUGCACGUGAAUGAAGUGAAACUUCUUAUUCGAUUUUGUAGUAUUGUGGUUUUCUUCAUUUUUCAUCCUUAAAUCAGAUUGCUCUUGUAAUAGGGAAUGCUGUGUAUAAGAGAUGCGACAUGUUCAACAUUUAUAUUAUAUAUUAUAAAUAAGAGAUAUGAAAUAUGUACUUCACAAAAAUAUUGGACGCUACUCGUUGCUAACGCUCGCGCUGGCCUGUAACCGGUAUACUACGCGCAUGUGUUCAACUGCCACGCAUUCACUCUCGCUCUAUCUCUUUCUAUUCUAUAUCUUCUUGGAAGUCGCAAUAGAAGUUUCACUUAAACAAAAAAAACAUGAACCUCUAUUAAUCAAAACUUAUAACUAUAUAAUUCCACUCAUAGUUUUAAUAAAGAAACGCCAAAGGACCAUAACUCUGAUAUUAGGACGCUCACGCUGCCUCAUG